AUGGGGAAAGCCUAUAACAUCGGCCUGGCUUGUUUUGCAGCCAUCGGGUCCUUUCUCUUCGGUUAUGACUCUGGUGUCAUGACUGAUGUCAUCGCCUCGAAGCACUUCCAGGACUAUUUCGAUACUACAUCUACUUCUUCCAUCAUAGGUGCUAUCAACUCUACAUUCAGCGGAGGGGCUGUAUUCGGAGCAUUGUUUGGAGGAGUCAUUAUGGACAGGUUCGGCCGAAGGAAGACUAUCGGUAUUGGUGCCUUCAUUUGCACAAUCGGUGCAAUCCUUCAAGCUGCUGCGUAUCAUCUUGCUAUGAUGUUGGUUGGACGAAUCAUUGCUGGCUUCUCUGUUGGCUUACUCUCUAUGAGUGUCCCGGUAUAUCAAUCGGAGUGUGCAAGCCCCAAGAACCGUGGUCUCAUUGUUGGACUUGCCCAGCAAAUGAUCGGAGUCGGCUUCAUCGUGUCUACAUGGGUUGGAUAUGGCAGUCAUCACAUGCCAGAUACUUCGUCCUUCCAAUGGCGGUUCCCUCUUGCAUUCCAGGCAUUACCUUCUGUUUUGCUGUGCUUGGGCAUGCUCUGGCUUCCGGAGACUCCUCGUCAUCUCAUUGCUACUGAUCAGUUAGACGACGGCAUGAGAACACUCCUAAAGCUACACUUUGACGGCUCAAAUGAGGAAUGGAUCAAGUCCGAAUUUAAUGAGAUUAAACUCACUAUCGAUGCUGAGAAAUUAGCUACUGCACCAGGCUGGUUGAUUAUGUUCAAGGUACCGCAGUGGCGGAAGAGACUCAUGCUCGGGACCUUGGUUCAAGUAUUCACUCAGUUCACUGGAAUCAAUGUGAUUGGAUAUUAUCAAACCAUCAUGUAUGAGAGUCUCGGAAUCACUGGCAAGACUAAUCUACUUGUCGCUGGAAUCUACAAUUGCACCGGCCCUCUUGCAAAUUUGGUCUUUAUUACUCUGAUCUCAGAUAGGAUCGGCCGCAAACGACCUCUUAUUUAUGGUAUCGUUGCCAUCUCCAUCGCUUUAGUCUUGGAGAGCGUUGUCAACAGCCAAAAUGUCGACGGCACCCACCAUGGCCUCAGCAUCGCUGGUGUUGCUUUCUUAUUUUGUGUUACGGUCAUUUUCUCUUUGUCUUUUGGUCCCGUCAGCUGGACUUAUAUGGCCGAGAUCAUGCCCUACCAGAUAAGAAGUAAGGGGUGUGCUUUUGCUACUGGUAUCGGCAACUGGCUUGUUUCUACCUUCUGGAACCAAGUCAGUCCCUUGGCACUCAAGGAGCUAGGCUGGAAGUUUUACUUUCUCUUCGUUGCGUUCAACAUUGUUGUUACUCUGCCCACUCUUAUCUUCGCUUUUCGCGAGACAAAGGGGUUAUCUCUAGAGGAGAUUGAUCUUUUGUUUGGAGGCCGAGCAUUGGGAAACCUCCCAGCUGAUAUCGAAAAGGAUGGCGGUGCCGUUGCUGUAACUAACUCGCGCGACGAGAGGCCUGACCGCUAA